AUCCAAAAACACCCAGCAAAGACAGAGAAACCUCUCAGGCUCUCACGCAUAUCUCUAUAUCCCCCCCUCCCUCUCUCUAUAAAUAUAUACUAAACUAAGUAUAUAGUAGUCUUAAAUAAAAAUUUGAUAUAUUAAUCCAAAUCUCAAAGCCCUCAAAAUUCUUAUUCUCUUGCAUAGAAAGAAAGAAAGGAACUGAAGGAUCUCUCUCGGAUUCAGAAACUCAAAAAAACAUUAAAACCCAACUUCACAAAAAGCCAAGUUCCAUCUAUUUUCUUGCAUUGCCAAACACAAACUACAAAAAACACACAUAAACCUUGUAAUAAAAAGACCCCCUUCUUGUUUUCUUUUCUCUUGAAAUUUGUUAAAGCUCAAGUCUUCUCUUCACUUCCCUCUAUUCAGUGAGUAUAUAUAUAUAUACACGAUUGCCAUUGAGAUAUUGUAAAAUUUGAAGAAAGGCUAAGUCUACUGAAGAUAAUGGAGUGUUUGAGCUAGAGAAAAAUUGGGCCUUGAAGAUUUGAUUUAAUUAGUCCUUUGCUUUCAAAUUGUGGUAUUGGGAUGGGCUGCGAGUGUUCGAAGCUUUCUAAGUGUUGUUGGAGCUCUGACUAUAAUGGAUCAGUUCCCGAGGACCGCAAUGAGGUUAAUGAAGAGAAGAGUGAACUUGACGAUUUGCCUGCAUUUCGUGAAUACAACAUCGAAACCCUAAGGAUGGCGACAUCAGGGUUUUCUGUAGAAAAUAUAGUUUCUGAACAUGGGGAAAAGGCUCCAAAUGUGGUUUAUAAGGGGAAGCUUGAGAAUCAGAGGAGGGUUGCUGUGAAACGGUUUAAUAGAUCAGCUUGGCCUGAUGCCAGGCAGUUUUUGGAAGAAGCAAGAGCUGUUGGUCAGCUCCGGAACCAUAGGUUGGCAAAUUUACUUGGCUGUUGUGGUGAAGGGGAUGAGAGGUUACUUGUUGCAGAGUUUAUGCCCAAUGAUACAUUAGCCAAACACUUAUUCCAUUGGGAAACAAAACCAAUGAAAUGGGCAAUGCGACUUAGAGUGGCUCUCCAUCUUGCGCAAGCUCUAGAAUAUUGUACCAGCAAGGGACGUGCUCUGUACCAUGAUCUGAAUGCUUAUAGAAUUGUCUUUGAUGAUGAGGGCAACCCUAGACUUUCAUGCUUUGGUCUGAUGAAGAACAGGAGAGAUGGAAAGAGUUACAGUACAAACUUGGCGUUUACUCCUCCUGAGUAUCUGAGGACGGGAAGGGUAAUACCAGAAAGUGUAAUUUAUAGCUUUGGCACCCUUUUGCUGGACCUUCUUAGUGGGAAACAUAUUCCUCCCAGCCAUGCACUGGAUUUGAUAAGGGACAGAAAUAUUCAAAUGCUGACAGAUUCUUGCUUGGAAGGCCAAUUUACAAAUGAUGAUGGAACUGAGUUGGUGCGGUUAGCUUCACGUUGUUUACAAUAUGAGCCCCGGGAGCGACCAAAUUCAAAGUCUUUAGUUGCUGCUUUGAUUCCUCUUCAGAAGGAUACCGAGGUUCCUUCUCAUGAAUUGAUGGGGAUACAAGAUGGUGCUGCAGCAUUACCUCUUUCACCACUUGGCGAGGCUUGUUUAAGAAUGGAUUUGACUGCCAUACAUGAGAUUUUAGAAAAGCUUGGGUAUAAAGAUGACGAGGGUACAGCUACUGAGCUCUCAUUCCAGAUGUGGACCAACCAAAAGCAGGAAACAUUAAAUACGAAGAAGGGAGAUGUUGCUUUCCAGCACAAAGAUUUUAUAGCUGCCACUGAACUCUAUUCCCAGUUCAUUGAUGUUGGAAACAUGGUUUCCCCAACCGUUCAUGCACGCCGAAGUCUAUCCUACCUCAUGACCAACUUGCCCCAGGAGGCCCUAAAUGAUGCACUGCAAGCCCAGGCAAUAUCCCCUAUUUGGCAUAUUGCAUCUUAUUUACAAGCAGUAGCUCUUUUUGUGCUGGGAAGGGAGAACGAAGCACAAGCAGCUCUAAAAGAGGGAUCAACUCUUGAAAAUAAAAGGAGCACAAAUGCCUGAUAGUACAAGGACAAGGGUCAAAGUAAAUCUCUUCUUUUCCUUAAGACGACCACCAAUGGUGAACACAAGCUUAAUUUCAAGUCAGGAUGAUCCAGGGCUUUUCUGAGUUUUGACCUCACAGCAAAAAAAAAAAGGCUGUAAAUUGCCUCAAUCUUCUGCAUGCAUUGAUUGGUUGUCAUCUUGAAGAAUUAUUUUGGAACAUUAUUUGCUGGGUUAGGUUUGGUCAGUUUGCUGGGUGUUUGCCAUAUUUGUCACUCAUGCAGAUAUGAGGGAUACUCUUGCUUCUGCUGCUGACCAUUUCCAAUACAGAAAUCUUGAGGAAUAAUUAAGACAUUCUUGAGACAGAUUACAUGUUUGUAGAGGGAAUCAACUGCUGUUUCAAAUUGCUUUUGGAGGGUGAAUAGAAAAUGUUAUUGCAAUCCAUGUAAUUUAUGUACAGUGUCAUUGGUUGUGGCUGCAUAAGCAGAGGUGGAAUUGGUGUUCAUUCAUGUCAAGUUUUUUAAUCAAAUAUUUUUGCUUUUCAGCCA